AUGCUGCCAUUGCGUUAUAUCGUCCAGAUAAGCCAGGCAAAUAUUUUUGCUGGCCAAGAGAUAGCUGCAGACAAUACUAGUUAUGCUACUGCCGAGGGUCUGACGUUCCGGAUCGAGAUCAGUAGCAGUGCACACCAUCCUCCGACUGUUCGGACUGCAGCGUUCCAGGAAAAGAUGGGUGUCGGAAAAGCCAUCAAACAGAACAAGGCGAUUGCCGUCAUAAUAUCUGUUUUUGACUGGUACCCAUCCGAUUCCUCCCCAGUGGAGAGGAAACUGCUUAGGAAGCUGGAUCUCGCAAUCUUGAUAUUCGGGUCUUUGAGUUACCGCUCACAGUUUCUAGGACAACAAAACAUCACCAAUGCUUACGUCUCGGGCAUGCGAGAGGACCUCAACGCCUUUGGAAAUGAGCUAAACUACUACAAGAUGGCCUACAACACGGCCUACGUGUUGGGACAAAUCCCUUUGAUGACGCUACAGACAAAGGGCAAACUGGCUAUCUGGCUUCUCCCAACUUUGCAGAUAUCCUGGGCCAUUAUCGGCUUCUGCCAAUCCACAGUGACUCAAAACUGGCACCUCUACGUGCUGCGGGCCUUGACCGGCUUUCUGGAGGCUUCCUCUUUUGGUGGAACACAUUUGAUUUUGGGGAGCUGGUACAAAAAUGACGAGGUCUUCAAGCGCGCUGGGGUUUGGUUCAUGGGCAACUCCCUCGGCUCCAUGUUCUCUGGAUACCUCCAAGCGGCCGCCUACAGAAACCUCAACGGAGUCAUGGGCCGGGCUGGCUGGCGCUGGUUGUUCAUCAUUCACGGCAUCAUCACGCUGCCCAUUUCCUUCCUCGGAUACGCCGUCUGGCCCGGGCUGCCCAUCUCGAAACGCCGGUGGUGGAUGACGGAGGAGGAGCACGCCCUUGCCGUCAAGCGCAUACCCGUGGUGGAAAAGGAGGGCAUCACGUGGAAGACGUUCAAGUACACGCUCAGCCGGCCCAUGUGGUGGAUCUGCGUGCCGACCUACAUCUGCCUGGUCUUGACAAACUACUGGACGACGUACAUGGCACUAUGGCUCCGUGCCAGCAACUACCCCAUCGAGAUGGUUAAUGUGCUGCCGACGUUUAUCGACCUGAUUCGCGCAUUCAGCUCCUGGCUGGGUACAACGUUGGCGGGCACUCUGAGUCUACGGGGUCUCUGGACAUUUCAAUUUUCCACCAUGUUCUUUGCAUGUCUGAUGCUUUCCAUCUGGAACAUCCCCAACGCUCUCAAGUUUGUGGCCUUUUACUUCGGUGGCUUCUCCGGCAUGGCGUCGCCGAUUCUGUACACGUGGGUGAACUUUACCCUCAAGGAGAACUAUGGCGAGCGCGGCCUCAUCAUCUCGUCGAUGAUGACAAUGGGCUUCUCGACCAGUAUAUGGGUGCCUCUGUUGAUUUUCCCCGCAGUUGAAGCCCCAGAAUGGAAAAAGGGAUACCCGGCCUCGACCGUCUUCCAGUUCCUCAUGUACAGCGGACUCAUGUUUGGCUCCUGGUACAUGGCGCGCUGGAAGAAGAGGCAGCCCGACCCGGAGCAGGUGCAGGAGGGGCAGACGCAAGCAGACGAGGCGAAAAGUGAUGGCAACAAGACGGAAGACGAUGAGAAGAAUAGUGGCAGCAGGACGUUGCCCACGGAGCCGGGAGCGGCGCUGGAUGUGGUGGCGAUGACUGCGGAGGAGCAGGCCGGGCGGCGAUGA